ACUGCAAAUUAAAACAACCAACAAUGGAGAUUGAAAUAAUUUCAAAAGAAAUAAUAAAGCCAUCUUCUCCAACACCAAAAUCACUUGAAAAAUACCAUCUUUCAUUUCUUGACCAAAUUGCCCCUCCUACUUUCAUGCCCCUUGUUUACUUCUAUUCACCCCACACAAAAUACACCAACUCCCAAAAAUCAGACCACCUCAAGAAAUCUCUCUCCGAAGCCCUCUCCACCUUCCACCCUCUGGCCGGCCGCCUCGUCGCCGGCGAUGCCUACGUGGACUGCCGCGACCAAGGUGCGCCGUUCUUCGAAGCUCAAGUCAACUGUGAUCUUUCGCAGGCCAUAACGAAUCCGAUCCCGAGGAAUAUGAACAAGUUUCUUCCGUACGAAUUGAACGACCUGCAGAAUCUCGGAGUCGCCGUUCAGGCCACCUACUUCCGGUGCGGCGGAGUCGCCGUCGGAGUGUUGGUUUCCCACAAGAUCGCCGACGCGCUGUCGUUCUUCCUGUUCGCCAACGCGUGGGCCGCAGCCGCCAGAAACGAGAGCGCCGCCGCCGCGCCGCCGGUUUUCGAGGCGGCGUUGAUUUUCCCGCCGCGGGACGUCGCCGGAUACAAGCCCGGUACGGGAAUCGUGAAGGAGGGGGAACUCGACACCAAGAUCUUCACUUUCCCCGCCUCGAAAAUCUCCGAUCUCAGAGAAAGAUACUCCGCCGCAGCCGCCGCCGGCGAGCGGCGGCCGACGCGGGUGGAGGCUUUGUCGGCGUUCAUAUGGACGCGGUUCAUAUCCGCGACGGAAAUGAAACCCGAACCGAACAAGAUCUACACGGUGCUCCACGCCGUGAAUCUAAGAAACCGGCUCGAGCCGCCGUUGUCAGACAACCAUUUCGGCAACAUAAGCCGGCUUGCAAUAGCCGUGCCAGCCGUGGACGACGGCGGCUCAAUUGACGGCGGCUACGAGCUCAUGCAGAAGGUCAGGGAAGCCAUAGGAGCCGUCAACGGAGAGUACGUGGCUCGGCUCAGGGAAGGGGAUAAGCAUCUGAAUUUCCUUAAAGAGAGGAUGGCUCAAGCCAAUAAAAGUGAGCUGGUUACGUUCAACUUUACGAGCUUGUGUAGAUUCCCACUGUACGAAGCGGAUUUCGGGUGGGGCAAACCGGUUCGGGUCGGGUCGGCCGUCAUGUCGUACAAGAAUCUGGUUACCUUAAUGGAUACAGCAACUGGGAAUGGCAUAGAAGCUUGGAUUAACCUGAAGAAAGAGGAUAUGGUUAAAUUUGAAGCUGAUUUGGAGUUGCAAGAAUUCAUUUUACCCUCCAAAGAUAUUUAAAAGUUUUAAUUUUUUUAAUAUAUUUAUGUACUUACUUAUAUAUGAAAUGAACCAAGUUGUUAU